UUGAAAUGCGUCUGUGAAUGAAUAGCGGAAGUGUGCAGUAGUAGCAGAAGCAGCAUGGCGUACACGGCGAAAAUCGGACCAUCUAUUUUGAGUAGCGAUCUGUCGCAGCUCGGGAGGGAAUGUGAGCGAAUGAUGGAGUGCGGUGCUGAUUAUCUGCACCUUGACGUUAUGGAUGGGCAUUUUGUUCCAAACAUCACAUUUGGGCAUCCUAUGGUGGAAUGUUUACGAAGCUGUAUCGGACCUGAUCCAUUUUUUGACAUGCAUAUGAUGGUGUCCAGGCCAGAGCAAUGGGUGAAACCCAUGGCAGCAGCAGGAGCCAAUCAGUAUACUUUCCAUCUAGAAGCCACAACCAACCCUGGCAACCUCAUCAAGGAAAUCAGAGAGAGCGGCAUGAAGGUCUGUGUGAAACGGGGGAACAACCAGUUUUGUUUAAGACCUCAAAAUGUUGGUCUUGCCAUCAAACCUGGAACAACUGUUGAGGAAUUGGCACCAUGGGCUGGACAGAUUGAUAUGGCUCUCGUCAUGACAGUAGAGCCUGGCUUUGGUGGUCAGAAAUUUAUGGAAGAUAUGAUGCCAAAGGUAAGUUGGCUCAGGAGUCAGUUCCCUUCUCUGGACAUUGAAGUGGAUGGAGGAGUCGGACCAGACAGCAUCCACAGAUGUGCUGAGGCUGGAGCAAACAUGAUCGUGUCGGGCAGUGCCGUGGUGAGCAGUGAUGACCCUCGUUCUGUAAUCGCCCUCCUCAAAAAUGUUGUUAUUGAGGCGAUCCAGAAACGUUCUUUGGACCGCUGAGCAUCUUGACUUUUUACCUCCAAGUCUGUUUUCAUCCACCACUGAAAGUCAUUCCUGCAGAUUCUGAGAGUCCUUUUUAAUGUACAAAUUUGUUUUUGAAUGUCAGUGGUGCUUGUGAACGGAUGUGCCGAGGGUGUGUUUGCACAUCUACAGACCACGAGAACUGCCUUUGCGAAGACUUUUGUUUAGAGUCAGCAGGAGUUUUCAGAUGCAUAUGGCCUUUAAGAACUGUGAUCAGACAGAAUCUGUUCUCUCCCCGGUGACAUAAGUUUGAUUAUUUCCCUUAUAAUUAACCUCAAUUGUUUUGAUUUCUCACUUAUUGUUUGUCAUAGUACCAGUCACAGUGGUUGAGUCAACAAACUGUUACACCAUUGAUAAAGCUGCUCAUAACUGCUUGAACAGUUAUUUGUCAAUUGUUCAGGUUUGUUGGUUAUCAAGUAAAGAAUGACCUUGUAAUGCGGCAGCAUAAGCUUUACAUACUGUAAUACAUUUGCUGCAGAUUGAGUUUAAAUGGAUUUUGACUUUAUUGAACAUUCCAUCAACCAAUCUUUCUAAUACCCUGAUAUGAUAAAAGUGUAAAUCAGAAUACUUUAAAUUGUGUUAUUUGUCUGUUUUACCCAUUGAUGCCAUAUGAACAUGCACUGAUCAGUACUGAGCGUUGCAGCAACAGCAAUGUUUCAACACACUGAUCAAGCAAGGCUGCUACAUCUGUUAGCAGUUUAUCUACACAAGUACAAUGACACAUUUUAACACAUACAUUAAUGUAUAGUUUUGAAAUUAAAUGUAUUGUAGUAAAGUAAUAUUAAAAUAAGUACGUACAUAACAGAAA